AAUUAUGAGAGUGAUUUUUACACCUUCUUUCUCCAUCUUCUUCCCCCACCUCCUUAACUCACAUUUAUGAUUCAACAGUUGAGCUACAUUGACUUCUCUUCCUACUUCUAUCCUUCUUUCAUUUCUCAUAUGAUAAUAAAAUCUUCUUUCUUCGACAACACACUAAUAAUCUCUAUCUCCUCCAAUGGCCGUCUCUAUAACUAACCAAGUUUCUCCUACUACAACCCUCCUUUUCUUCCUCUUUCUCUUCCUCCUUGGUGUUGGUGAUUCCUCGUCGUUUUACCAACCCAUCGACAAUAUACCCCUUGUUUGUGGUUCCCAUGGCAACUUAUCCAACUCUUAUUUGGAUGGCCGCAUCUGGGUUGGAGACAUCGACUCCAAAUUCUUCCCUUCCGAUCACCAACAAAACGGCGCAUCCAUGACUUCAAAGGCAGAUGCACAGUCCACUUCAGUCACCACAGUCCCUUACAUGACAGCUCGACUCUCUCGCUCCCAAUUCACCUACUCUUUCCCCGUAAGUCCCGGUCAUAAAUUCAUUCGACUUUAUUUCUACUCUGCUAAUUACCAACAGUUCGAUCGCUCUAAAGCUGUAUUCUCUGUUAGAGCUGGUCGCUUCACCCUCCUUCGUGAUUUCAAUACUUCUGUCAAUGCUGAUGCUUCUAAUAACAAUGAAAUUUUUCGAGAAUUUUGUGUGUAUGUAGAGGAACAUGAUCAGAAAUUAAACCUUACAUUUACUCCCACAAAUCAAGAUUCGUAUGCUUUUAUUAGCGGGAUCGAGAUUGUAUCCAUGCCCUCUAAUCUUUAUUAUACACCAUUGGACUUGAACGACGAAGGUGGUCGGGGAUUAAAGCAAGUUGGCCAAAGUAAGUUCUUCCCCAUUGAAAACUACACAUCUCUUGAGAUGGUAUACCGAAUUAAUAUAGGUGGAAGAUUCAUCUCCCCUAUCGAGGACACUGGAAUGUUCCGAACUUGGUUCAAUGAAGAGAGGAAUUUUUUGAUACCGUUUCCGUCAAAAUAUGAUGCUCAACCUGCUGACUUCAGUAUCCGCCUUAAUUACAGUAGUAAAGUUCCAGCAUACACUGCACCAGAAGAUGUGUAUCGAACUGCUCGAACAAUGGGACCCGAUAAUACAGAGAAUAAGAGAUAUAACCUGACAUGGGAGUACCCGGUAGAUCCUGGAUUCUUUUACAUGAUUCGUCUUCAUUUUUGUGAGUUUCAAAAAGAAAUCAAUUCUACAGAAGAUAGAGUGUUCUUGAUUUAUAUAAGAGACACGAUAGUUGAGGGAUCUGCUGAUGUGUUUUAUUGGGCCGAAGGAAAGGGGAUUCCAUAUCGUAGAGAUUACGUUGUACUAGUGUCGAAAACUGACAAAAAGAAGGUGAAUCUCUCUGUUACCCUCCAAGCAAAUCCAGAUGACUCUAAGACUAGGUACACUAACGUGAUCUUAAAUGGAAUUGAAAUCUUCAAAUUAAAUGAUACAGAUGGAAACCUUGGUGGCAAAAAUCCAGAUCCACUUCCCACUACCCAAACCCAAUCUUUUCCACCACCAAAAGAUCAUUCAGAAAGAAGUAAAAUGGCAGCAAUUAUAAUACCUAUCGUGGUUGGAGGUGUGGUUGCAAUGAUAUUGGCUAUGGGUUUGUUUGUUAUUCGGCAACGUAAGACAUUUAUGGAUCAGAGCUCUAGCGAUGGAACUUCGUGGUGGGCUCUUUACUCCAUAUCCACAAACAAAUCUAGUAAGUCUCGCAAUUCAAAUCUCCCCUCUGAUCUAUGUCGUUACUUCUCAUUGGCGGAGAUUAAAGCUGCUACCAAAAAUUUCGACGACAUUUUCAUCAUUGGCGUCGGUGGAUUUGGUAACGUAUACAAAGGUUAUGUCGACGAUGGAACCACCCAAGUGGCAAUUAAACGGUUGAAACCAGGUUCCAAACAAGGAGCACACGAGUUCAAGACAGAGAUCGAGAUGCUCUCACAACUUCGUCAUCUCCAUCUCGUUUCCCUAAUUGGAUAUUGCAAUGAUGGAAAUGAAAUGAUUCUAGUGUAUGAUUACAUGUCCCAUGGAACCCUUCGUAAUCACCUUUAUGGUGAUGAUGAACAACCUCUCACAUGGAAGCAACGCCUCCAGAUCUGCAUUGGAGCUGCAAAAGGUUUACACUACCUUCACACAGGAGCCAAACACACCAUCAUCCACCGUGAUGUCAAAACCACUAAUAUUUUACUGGACGAAAAAUGGGUGGCAAAGGUUUCUGAUUUCGGCUUGUCAAAAGUUGGGCCAACAGACAUGUCCAAAGCGCACAUCAGUACAGUAGUCAAAGGUAGCUUCGGCUACCUAGACCCAGAGUACUACCGUCGACAACAAUUGACUGAAAAGUCCGACGUAUAUUCAUUUGGAGUAGUUCUGUGCGAAGUAUUGUGCGCUCGUCCACCAUUGAUGCGGCUCACAGACAAGAAGCAAGUAUACUUGGCAGAGUGGGUCCGACGAUGCAACCGUGACAACGCGAUUGCUCAAGUCAUCGACCCAAACAUCAAGAACGAGAUAUCGCCAGAGUGUUUGAGGAAAUUCAUCGAGAUUGCAGUGAGGUGCAUCCAAGACGACGGAAUAAAUCGACCGUCGAUGAACGACGUGGUAUGGGGAUUGGAGUUUGCAGCGCAAUUACAGGAGGCGUCAAAGAAGAAAGAAGUUGAAGGUGAUAUGGAAAACAGCGGCGGUGACAAUUACAGCGAGAAGAGGGAGGGUCGGGAAGAAGAGUGGUUGAUGGAGGAGACGUCAUUCAGUAGUAGCAAUGAUCGGAAUCAUGGGUUGGAAUCAGGCAUGAGUAGUGAUGUGACGACAAGCAAUAGUGACAAUUCAAGUUAUGUGUAUAAUAAAGGAAUGUCAGGUACUGUUUUCUCUGAGAUUAAGGAUCCUACUGGGAGAUGAAGCUGUUAUUUAUUUAUUUAAGGUGGAAGAAGAUUACGAGAAGAAAGGUUGUUAUUUGUAAAAUAUUUGUUCUUAUUCUAAAUGAUUUAAGAUAAUUUUGAGUUCUCAAAUUUGUACCUCAACUAGCUUAAAAGUUUCUACUAAUUAUUAAUUUUAUGAAUAUAUAUAGUUUGUUUC